AUGGAACGAUCCAGCAUACGGAGUGGUGGAAUAGGCGUUGCAAUAUCGAAGACGGAGAUGGAACCGUCCGAUCUAACGGUGCAAGAUGCCGUUUACGGUACAUUUCAUUUACCAUCGUAUGUACGAGCGGUGGUGGCAUCGGAAGAGUUUACACGUCUGAAACAUUUGAAGCAGUUAGGCGUAUCGAAUGUAGUUUUUGAAACGGCGUUACACACAAGAUACGAUCACUCGCUGGGAGCAUGUUACCUCGCUGGAAGUUUGCUGAAGGAAGUGAAUAAGACUCUAGACAAACCUAUCACUGAGGACGAAAGGAAGUGUGUGAUGUUGGCUGCCGUUUUACACGAUUUAGGCCAUGGACCUUUCUCUCAUCUGUGGGAAAAGUUUGUCGAAGCUUAUGGUGCACAUUGGCGGCACGAACGAUCCUCUGUUGAACUUGCAAGAAAUCUGUUGGACCGCAUGGAAGUUGUCUCGGAAAAACAGAUCAAUCUAAUAUGUGCCUUGAUACGAGGCGAUGCGUCCGAACUUCUGGACGCAGAUCGACAGUUUAUGACGCAAAUCGUUAGCAGCGAUGUGGAUGUCGAUCGUUGCGACUAUCUGCAACGCGACGCUCAUAGUGUGCCGGGUAUAAUUAAACCAUCCCGGCCCUUUCGGCGAAUGUUUGAUCGUGUACGAGUUGUUACGGUGCAAGGAAAAGGCCAGCUUGCGUAUCAUUGGGAAGAUUAUCCACUGGUGUACGAAAUGGCAUGCGCCCGACAAAUGUUCCAUUGCCGUUGCUACCAAGACCCGAAGGUAUUGGGCGCAGAGCUCAUGAUGCUGGACGUGAUGCAUGAAGCUGAACAGGCAGGUUUUCGAUUCUUGCGCAAUGGCCAUAGUGAACAACUUUCGAAAAUACAUGGUAAACCUGACCUAUUUAAGUAUUUAGACGAUAACAUUAUUGGAGAGCUGGCCUCUAGUAAUCUUCCGCAGCUUCAAAGAGCUCGAGGAAUAAUAAACCGUCUGCAAAACAAAGACCUGUACGAAGAAAUAGUUCGAUUUUCGAUCGACAUGACAAAAGAGAUAAAGGAGUACAACUGCCAACAGAGAGAACCCAUUGUUGUACAAGCGGUACGAUACAUAAAAUCUGCGCAACAAUGGUUUUCUAGCUUUAACGUUACCUUCUACAAACCCGGUACCGAUGGUGGUAUCGAUAUUGUUUCCCUGGAGGAAGCAAGGGACCUGAACCAAAGCGUCACAUGCGAGUCGGUUGACGAGAUUGAGGAGUACAUCAUGUACUGUACCAGCGUCGACCCGGAAGUGCAAAGACGUGCUAGGCACCACUUUACCCAUUUACUCAACGGAACAACAAUGGGAAGCUAG